CCCAAAUAAGAAAACACAAAAAAGUAGGAUACACCGCAAAGGUGUCAAAAGCGUUUUCGUUGCUUCUUCGUCAACGAGCUACGAUAUCCUCUUCAUCCUUAGCAAAUCUGUUCCAAUUCCUCGUUCUCCCUAGUACAACCACGAUACAAAAGUGACAAUUGUUCAAUACAAGAAAACUGAAGAUUUUUGAGGUACCUACUGAUUUAGUCUUUUUCAUUUCCUAGGAGUAGGAACCAGAUACCUACUGAUAGUAUUUUUCCAUUUCCUCGGGUACUGAGUGAAGAUAGUAUUAUUUCUAAGGAACCACCUGCUGAGAGUAUUUUUCCAUUUCCUAGGAACCACAUCUGAAGGCAGUCAACAUGACGUCGACCGAGCAUCAGGAAUAUAUCCAGAAAAAAGUGAACCCGAUACUGGAGUCGCUAGUUACAGCGAUCUUGUUGGACAAGCCAGAUGAUACGUUAAGGCUGUUCUUAAACAAAAGUUUUACUUACUACUAGCUACUACUAGCUACUACUAGCUACUACUAGCUACUACUUGUUAAUGAGAACUUCGAUUUAGCAAGUAGCUACAGAUUGUUUUUUUGUUAAUGAGAACUUCGAUUUUGCUACAGAUUGAUGUUCUCUAUAUCUUCAGUGUCGGUUUAGGGUUAUGCAACCCUAGUAUUUACUAGAAUCACCCAAGCGACCCUUUCAAGAAAUUGGGGAUAUGUUUUCAGAGCUCAGUAAUCCUGUUGUUUCAGAUUCCGGACACGAGGGUAGCCAUAAAACGCAAGAGACAAUCCUGAUUUUAGCUCUAAAAACGAUUGGUUUUAUGAUCAGCUGGCUGUCGUCAAAAGCGGCAGGAGGUGGUCAGGAAGCAGACAGCUUACGACUCAGGAUAAGCGCAAUCAAGCAGGAAAUCAAGGACUUAGAGGGCAAGGUAGUCUACUUGUCUAAAUGUAAACGGGCAAGAAAUCAAGGACUUAGAGGGCAAGGUAGGGUACUUGUCUAUGAAUUUUCCUUACGGAGCUUGUGGCACGACCUGUAGUUAAGGUAAGGCGAGGAUGCUACCCGUAGUACUCAAAAGGUCGUUUGCAGGCAGCAUUAUUCUCCAAACUAGAGUGUCAGCUUGGUUGUGAUGAAAGUGGAGUGCUACGAAUACAAGUACUAGAACUUGCCGCCACUGAUUUACGUUCAAUUUAUCGAAUUUUUCACGUUCAAUCUCCCUCUAGGUGGCUGUGAAUGAUGAGAGCGACGACAAUGACGAUGACGUGGUGGACGACCUGCCAGCGCCGCCGCUGAAUAAGAAGCCUCGAGGAAGUGUGAGUGCUGAGGCUUAUGGUCAGUGGAACAAGAAGAAGGAAUACCAGCCGGUUGAGAUCCCGAAGUCCGAUGAGGCAAAAGCCAGAAUCAAGAAAGUGCUGCAGGGGUACGACUUCUGACCACAGAGAGCAUUUUUUUGAUUUCAUGUCCUCUGUGGUCAUUUUUCGAUUUCAUGUACUACUGACCACUGAAUGAAGCAUAGGAAGAGUUCUGCCGCAAAUGGAAGAUUAAUUGUUUCAAGAACGAAUGUCAACUUCGGUAAUGUUCUGUAACCCUUCUAUCUAUUAGACUCUGUAACACUGACUUUGAAAUACUGACUUUGAAACGUCCUAGGUAAAUCUCACUAUUACUCUGUAACAACAGGAGCGAGUAGGUAUCUACUUAUAUGGACUCUGUAUCUAUAUGGACUCUGUAUUCUAUCUAUAUGCACUCUACUCUAUUGACAUAUACUUACUACUCUAAAUUGACAUUUAUACUUAAGCUUAACUAUAUGUACAACUCUACUCUAUUCUAUCUACUCUAUUCCGGACUCUGUAUUCCGUCUUCUACCACAGGUCGUUCCUCUUUUCUACGUUGGAUAGUGGCGACUUGGACAUUGUGGUGAUGGCUAUGGAGGAAUUGAGGGCUCCCGCAGGUCAGCGGGUGAUCAAUCAAGGCGAGGACGGAGACUGCCUCUACGUGAUUGAGGAGGGCGCCUUCGAGUGCAAGAUCCUGGACAAGGUGACAAAUGAAGAAAACGUCGUGAAAACGUGCGAACCAGGCGACGCAUUCGGCGAACUGUCGCUGCUCUAUAACUUAUGGUGCGAGUAUGUGAGUAUUUUACCAGAAUUCGCCAGGGAAAUCUUAGGCAGAUUGCCGAGUAGAUUCGUAUCAUCAUGUGAGUACUUUACCUGUGCAACCAACACAAGGCCAAGGAUUUAUUCUCUCGUCAUCUUCAGUAGAAGGACCCGUCAGUGUUAAGUGUCGUGGUGAACCUUCUUAGCCUUUUUGUAACACUUAGUAGAAGGAACCUUCUUAGCCUUUUUGUAAAACACUUGUAAUAUUUAUUAGAGUCUUCCUGUACUAGCACUCUUGUAUCUCGUAGUAGUAGGAUGUUUAUCACGUUGUUGAGGACUACAAAGAUCUCUGAACUCUUCCUCAUCUAAUCUUUGCUCCUCGCGCUGCCUCUGUGGAUGCGGCAGUGGACUCGGUGAUGUGGAAGUUAGAUCGCGAGACCUUCAACGCCAUCGUACGAGAUGCAUCAGCGAAGAAGCGAGAAAUGUACAUGGAAUUUCUCAAGAUUAAGGCCUCGUUUUACCCUAAAAAUGAUGAGUAAUCGAGCUUGAGUCAAGAUCAGUCAUUUCUCUGGUGAGCUCUAAUGAUAGUGUGCAAAUCAUCAAGGAUCUGGGCGAUUACGAGGUGGCUCAGCUGGCCGACGCUUUGAAGCCAAGUUACGUUUCGCCAGGGCAGAACGUCAUCACGCAGGGAGAAGAAGGUAGUUGUAAGUCGAGUGGCAGUAGAGUAGGAAGGAACUACGCGGCAGGUGGCUUUUUUUUAUAGGGUGGAUCGACUAGAAGACAUUUUAUUAUAGGGGGCUAGAUUUAAGAUUUUCCUAGAACAUUUAGAUUUUUGGACUUUAUCAACAACUUGGCGAUACUUCGCUUUGUGCAUCAUUGCACUAAAUCCACCCAUAACUCAACACAGGUGACACAUUCUAUCUCGUUGAAGAGGGUAGUUUAUACGCGUGGAAGAACGGGCAGCCUGAGACGAGUCUCCUCGAAUAUGGGCCGGGUCAGUUCUUCGGAGAGCUUGCCUUGCUCCGCAACGACCUGCGCCAGGCUACUGUCACGGCAAGAGAAGAAAGCAAGGUAAUUACGCUCCGAUAACAAGAAUGCUCUAGUACCUCUAACUCCCCCUGGUGCCAUUUUCAUGUGAUUCUGAUUGUAUUGUCUUCUCUCUGGAUAAUGCAUCGUGACUGGAUAAUGCAUUCGUUCGAAAUAGAAAUACUUUAGACCUCAUGAUGAACAUGAAUCAAACAAACACCUGCACAGGUGUUGUCCGUCGACCGCAAGACGUUUAGCCGACUAUUAGGUCCUCUCCAGCAAAUCCUGGAGAACAAUGCGACUUCCAGCUACUAAUUUGUGCGUUGUCAGCGCAAUUCUUUCCUGAGGUGAAGGUUGGAAGCACGGAAUAGAAGGUGGAUAUUGGUCUAUUUUGCAGAAGCGAAGGUGGUGGAUUCUGGAAAGACGGAGUGGGAGGCUGCGGUUCGGGUGUACGCCAGUACUACCACUGAUGCAGUCACUUAUGAUUCGGCGGAAUGACCGUUUUUGGAGAUAAUUAAAGAGUAAGAGAAGUGGACCUCCUAUCGCUGGUAAAACUAAGAAUCAAUCUAUGGAAAUUAAAGGCCUUGUUUCUUGCUAUACCGAAAAAUGGACGUGUAAAAAUUAGAGUGAUCGUCACUGUCUUAGCCACAGAGUAUCUAAGUCUUUUUCGUAUUUUUGAGUAACGCAAACGCAUAUUGCAGAGAUACCUUUGCAUUCAUGGUAUUUUUACAGAGACAGCUUCGAUUAAAAACAAUUGUCUAGGUCAGUUCGCUGCUACUUCCUGGUUACCACUCGUUAGCAUCACACUGAACGAAGAGGAUAACAUUCGAAUUAAAGAGAAAAAUCGUUUUCUGGUGGGUAGAGUCGCUUCAUCGGUUUUCCUUUUCGGUUCUUGUAAUGUUGAAAGUACUUAGCAGUUGCAUGGAAAGAUCAAGACGAGCAAUUUUCACAUAUAAUGAUCAUAGUCUUUUUGCCUCCGUGCAGUGGUCAGUCACCCAUGAGGGACGCCACCCAUGUCGAAUUCUGAAUGCAACUCUUUCACUUUCAACAUCUAGAAAUUAUUCUUAUUUUUACAUAGUUAGUCUUAGUCUUAUUUAGAUGAUAGAGAUGGAUAGACCAUUUCUUUGAAGAGACUUGUGAAUCGGCGUUACAACUGACUUUAUCCUCUGUGAUGUGUAAUCCACCAUGUGAGGUGGUGAUGAAUUCCAUACUUGUUUUCUGAGAAAAAUAACGAAAGUCGCAUGGCAGUAUAGGUUGCCGAGUAAUUUUCAGUCGUAUACUGGCUGCACGCUGCAGUGGUGGAGUCUACGCUGCACCCGUCACUGUAGUAGCACGGAGGGUCACCUGGUAUUGUAGUUUCGUGUGCCGCGUUUCUAUCACUGUUUGUUGUCUUGUCAGGCUGGUUCGUUGUCAACGUCAGGGCAAGAGUUGUAGUCAGGGAAGCAGGGUAUUUUCUGCUUGUGUGGAAUUAUUAAGAGAUGAAACCGGACAAAAGGAAAAGCCCAGUGGAAGAGGC